ACGGCCAAGGUCUCGUAGCGCACUCAGCAUCGCGUCUGUCGCGUCUUUGUCAUGCAAAACCGGCCGGAUAGAGAGAGAGACAGAGCGCGCAUCACUCUUCUCCAACGACUGCGUCAAUGAGAAACUAAACAAAGGGUACACUCUUUGUCUGGGUAGAUCUUUUUUCCGUUUCAACCACCCAGAAAAGGCGAAUCGCAUGAAGAACAUGCUGCCGGAUAAGACUCCAAUGUCCCUUGGAACGGACGCAACAAAGCUUCAUUCCAAUGGCGGCACGUUGGGCACGUCCAGCAUCCGUGGCCCUCGCUCGAAGGCAGAGCUUCAGGAGUUGAUGGAGAGCUUACAGCGCAGGAAAUCGGCUCUGGAAGCAAGUUUAAAAGCUACAGCAGAACGCGGUUACAUCACCCUAUCCCCACCUCCCAGUCCCCAAUCUGCUUCCAGCUAUCCACAGGAGCGCCCUCCUCUUUCUCUCAGAGUCCCCUCCCCUUACACACCCACCAGCAGCUUGAGCAUGCCCCCCUCCCCCCACCAAUCAGAGCGCCCCUUAAGUCCAGUCCCGAGCCAAACCCGUACCCGACACCAAUCGCAGGAUAACCUGUUGCUUUGCCACUCAUCUGAUACGCGCCACUCCAACACUACCAGCUCGCUCCUCACCAUGUGGAACGGCUCGACUUCCUCCUACAUGCCCGACGCUCCCUCUCCAUCUCGCCGGGGUCCAAGUGGGGCAGCCAGCAUGCCCUCCAGCCCCCGCUUGGGCCGCAGGCUGUUCUCACGAGACGGGGAGUCAGCGGCGGAGCCACCGCUCCGCCAGAGGAAAUACUCCACCGGUUCCCUGAACGGCCUAGGAGGUCAUAGCCGCUCUCUACCCAGGCUGUAUCGAGGAGACACUCCUAUGUUGUCUUUGCCACCCCGUCGCAGCACCAAACCACGCCGUAGCCUUCCUGCCAUGGAGAAACCCCCAGAUGUGACGGUGAUAGCCAGCGUGCCCGGUAACUCUCGUAGGGCCAGUCUCUGUUCUGUGGGCUCUGCCCCGUGUUUGGACCUGGGCUUUGGAGAAAGGCGUAUGUCGUUUGGUAAAGGAGGCCUGGGGCCUGGGAUGGGGCAGAGGAGGGGUAGUAUCAGUUCGCUGAGUGGGAAAGAAGAGCUACACGAUUAUCAUCAGAGACAAAGAGAUGAGAGACUGAGAGAACAGGAGGUGGAGAGACUGGAACGACAGCGUCUGGAGACCAUCCUGUGCCUGUGCUCUGAGUUCGGCCGUUCAGAUCUCAUCCGGCUGGAGACCGACUCUGGCGUCUCGGCCGUGUCUGACUUGCAGAAGAUCAAUCGUGAGCUGGAAAAGCUGCAAGUCUCGGAUGAUGAAUCCGUGUUCUCAGAGUCUGCAGGAGUUUCUGUUGAGAGCGGGUUUGUGGGGAAGAGUCGAGGAGAGAUCCUGACCCAGAGACAUCGUAGACUCAGUGGACACAGAGAGACGAGACCCCAGUCGCCCACCACCUCCCUGCGGAGCUCAGCACCUUCACCAUCUCCACUCCUCCGCCGCAAGGUGUCUGAAGACAUGCAGCUGCGACAGGAAGUGACACGUAUAGAGGAGGAAAGAAUUCAGAUGCUCAACAACAUCGAGGAACUGGAGCAGAAGAUCAGAGAUCUGGACACACAGAUGGACGAGUCGCUCAGGGAGAUGGAGGUGGAGAGAGCUCUUCUGGAUGGGGAGCAGGAGGCCGAGUUGGCUCAGCUACAAAGCGACAAGGAAUUGCUGGAACAACUCAAUGAAAAAAUGGGCAACAUGGGGAAAAGCACUCGGAACAAUCAGACUACGGAGAAAGCCAUGUUGGAGGCUGAAAGAGUUAAAAUAGAGAGGCUAGCUGAGCUGAUCUCAGAACAGAAGACCCAGUUGGACACCUGUCCUGAAGCAUUGAAGGAGCACCUCCACAAUCAGCUUUCCAGGGACACCGAAGCUUUGGAAAUAGAGACGAAACGUUUUGAAGAUCUGGAGUUUCAGCAGUUGGAAAAAGAAAGCCGACAGGAUGAAGAAAAGGAGACGCAGACCCAGCAACUCCUCAGGGAGACCGCUGAAUAUCAGAGAUCACUCAUAAAUCGCAAGGAGAGGCUUCUUACCCUGAAGAAGCAGUCAACUCAGAUUACUCAGCAGGCCCAGCGGGAAAAAGAGAACUUCUUAAAGGAGAAGAGCAAUCUUAUUUAUAUGCUGCAGAGGGAGCGCGAGAAUCUGUCGUCUCUAGAAAGGAAAUACUCAGAGCUCACAGGUGGUCAGGCUUUUCCCCUUAAUCCUGUGUCCAUGAAGGAGCACUUUCGUUCUUUGGAGGAGAGGAGGCGGAGCCAUGGCAACAAGGAGGGUGGAGCUCUGCUGACUGACAACGGCAUUUCCCGUAAGAGAGAGAGGCAGAGUUCCGGGAUAUUAAACUCUACCCUUAAUCGCAGUCUGUCUCCUAAGGCUCAUAUGCCACUGUCUCAGAGCUCAAGCUGUGGUAGUGUACUGCCUCGUACCCUCUCCGCCACCUCCCGUGACCUAGACACCCGCCGCCUGCUCAAGGCAGGUCAGAUGUUUUUAAAUGAAGAGAGGCAGCGAUUGAAUGAAAUGACCAAUAGGGCGGUUUCUGAGUCAAAUGUCUACCUGGACCCAUUCCAGUACAUGGAUAACGGACACAACUUUGACACAAUGAGUGUGGACAGCGCAGAAAGCCUGGAAACCAGCAUUUCCGCUUGCUCACCUGACAACAUUUCAAGCACCAGCACCGCUAACAUGGUGAAGAUAGAGGAGAUGGAGCGAAUGUUGAGAGACGCUCAAGCCGAGAAGAACAGAUUAUUGGACCACAGGGAGCGAGAGAUGGAAUUGCGGAGACAGGCACUUGAAGACGAGAGGAGGAGAAGGGAGGAGUUGGAGAGGAGACUUCAGGAGGAGACGAACAGACGACAGAAGCUGGUGGAGAGAGAGGUGAAGCUGCGGGAAACUCAGACACGACCGUUGACACGUUACCUGCCCAUAAGGAAGGAUGACUUCGACCUGAGAGGUCACAUCGAGGCAGCAGGUCACCAUCCUGAGACGUGUUUUCACUUGGCCAUCACUGAGAAGACCUGCAGGGGCUUCCUGGUCAAAAUGGGUGGAAAAAUCAAAACCUGGAAGAAGCGCUGGUUCGUCUUUGACCGCAAUCGCAGGACGCUGGCAUAUUAUGCUGAUAAACAUGAAACCAAAAUGAAAGGUGUGAUAUACUUCCAAGCCAUAGAGGAAGUCUACUACGACCAUCUGAAGAACGCACACAAGAGCCCGAACCCCUCCCUGACGUUCAGCGUGAAGACGCAUGACCGCGUUUAUUAUAUGGUUGCUCCUUCUCCAGAGGCCAUGAGAAUCUGGAUGGAUGUUAUCGUCACUGGAGCGGAAGGAUACACCCACUUCCUGGUGUGAGCGGGACUCAUCUUUGUUUAACAACACAAAAUGACCUUCAUGGUUUAAGCCCUGCCCGCUGUAAGGGUCCUGGUACUGGAUUUCAUUCUUUCCAAAAUAUUUGGAUUGAUCAGUUGUCUAGUGGAGAACCUCAACUGAAUGUUCGGCACUCAUCCAUGAUAUAUGAUGUGGUGCUUUAUACAAAGGCAGCUCUUAGACUUCAAAGGUACCGUUCAAGAGCUCUUUCCGUGGUGAGAUCCUGUGAAUAAGAAGUCACUCACAUGGUCUUUAUUACUAAAGCAUCCUGCAAAGUGUAAACUGGCGAUAUGUGUUGAUCUGAAGAUACCUCAAAGAACCAACUGCUCUUAUUCUUCAUCGUUCAUUGAAACGAGAUGCCAAAGACUUCCUGAUGUGCCAUACAGAUAUACCACAGUUUACCUUAACAAAUCAGUAUUCUAGUGUUGGUACUGUUUUUAUAUCCAUGUUUAUAAAUGUAUCUGUAGCCACUGCUACUUGAAGCUUUUAACCAUGUAUUAAUGAUGCACGUUUAUUUUGUUCCUGUUCUUCAUUAAUUGCCUUUCUAUACAUUAUUAUCUAAAGUAAGUAGGUAAAUAUGUAGCACAGAUUUCAAUGAGGGUAUAAACAGACUGUGUUGUAUUUAAUAGUUGAGCAUUCCUGUUGCUCAGAAACAUUCUGGAUAAACAGCACACGUACAGCACACCAAAGAUAAGCUGAAUUUCUAUUUCAGCAUGAUUGAAUGUAACUGCAUGUACCUAUCAUUUAAAUGCUUUUUUAAGGAUAAAGAAUAACGUAGCUAAAAACUUCAACAGGGAUAUGUUUAAAAGCUGAAUUCAGUCUUUCAUCAAGUGCACUGACCUUCUGUCGUUGGUUUCAAUGAACGCGCAGUACCACAACUGACCACAAGAGGGUUUCAAUGUCACUUACUCUUUCAGUGGCAUUGAAUUGCUUUUUUGAGAGUGAAUUUUAUAAAUCUGAUUCAUAUUCAAGGUUAAUAUUUUAAUUGUUUUUUAAUAACAAAUCUUUAUGCAUAUCUAAGCUUGUUUAUCUGAUAUUAUAUUUUAAAUAUAAAGGAUCAUAAUUUCAUUUCUUAGUGAGAAUAUGAUAAUGAUGUGAAUAUUAAUUUUGAAAGUAUAAAUAUGUGACAUGGUUGAUUUACUAAGAACAUAUGAUGGUACAUGUGCUGUAUGGCAACAAAACGUUGCCUUGUUGGAUUGUUGUCUGUCAGUUAGUUGUGCGUGAGCCAUUCAGGAUGAGCCAUUCUUCAUCCUGAUAUAAAAUACACUAGACAGCUGUUUGUCACAAACAUUCAUAUAAUUUCUGUCAAAAAGAGUUAAUACUUUUAGCUGACUGUAUCAUUUUAAACCGUGUUCUGUAACAGUAAUGCUGGAUUACCUAUACAGUGUAAAAAACUUGAUUUAACAGAAUUUCAUGUAUAAUCUAAGAACCUGUUAUUUUACUGAUUUUUUACAGCUUUUUAUGUAUUUGUGAAAAACCAUAAAAUCACGGAGGAUGCAAAAGGAAAA